AACAGUGUUAGAAGCGAAGAAGCGAAGAAGAACAGACAUUUCUUCUGGGACAAUUUUCACAAUAAAUUCAACACAUUUUUAUAAGUUUUCCUUUUUUUGUUGAUGAACUAGAAGUGUUGAAUUUUAACUGGAUUUACUCAUCAUGAUGAAGCUGAUCCUGUCUCUCACUCUCAUCUGGACACUCUCCAGCACAGCUGAAGCUGUUGAUUGUUGGACCGGUCAAGGGACUGACACAAAGCAACAGGAAUUACUUCCAUGUAACUCUACUGAGUUGUGUGCAACUGUUGCCUUUCAAGGAUAUGAAAAUGGGACUGUCACUCAGGACACCAUCAGGUUUUGUUUGUCAUCCUCCAUUUUCAGUGAAGGACAGCACACAUUUUCAUUCAAUGAUGGUUUUGGAGGUGUGGCUGCAUCUGUUCAUAUGUGCAACACAGAUCGCUGCAACAAUCAAGUCAUUCCUUACCCUGCUGUUCAGAAGAAAAACAACCUGCAGUGUUUCACCUGUGAUGAUCGAUUCUCUGCUGCGUGUAACAAGACAUUACAGUGUGUGGGAGUGCAGGACCGCUGCAUUAGUGGGACUGUGGGAGAUAUUGAUGACGAGGGCGGAACAUUUCCUGUCUUUGGAUGUGUCUCUGCAAACCUCUGUCAAGUUGUUCCUCGCUUGGAGCUCCUCCUGGAUGCUAAAUUCCUUCAUGCACCAAAAUGUUGUGGAAGCAGCUUCUGUAACUCUUUGGACUCAUUACUCGUAUCAUCUACUAGAACAAAGAGAAACUAACAAAAUAGCAAAAGGACACAUGUAGUGUGUGUGAAUAAGCCAAAUACGUCUAUCAUCUUCUCACACAUUUACACAGUGAAAUGUCUAACAUUUUGAAUGUUUUAGCUUGAUAAUUAUUUUGACCAUAACUGCAGCAUCCCAGUAAAAAAGUUAGCUAAUGGUAAUCCUGUCUGGUUCAGUAACAAAUACGUCUAUUUAUAAAAUGAUAACUUCCUUAUUGAGUUAUUUGAAGAAAACCAAAACAGCAGUGUUGUUACUUUAUAUGUAACAAGAAGAUAAUUAUUUAAAAGUUAAAGUACCCAUCAAAAUGAGUACUUGCAGUAGUACUUGAGUAGUGAGUAACUUCAUGAGAACCCCUUAUUCAUGAGUAUAUCUGGUCAGUUCUUGGUCCAAUCCUGUCCUCUGCUGCAUCAUUUCUUACUUUGAUAUUGUUUCAGUGUUAUGCUAACGAGACAGCUGCAUCUCUCUUUUAAUCACAAUAACUCUGUGAAGUUAGAUACAAUCCAAAACUGCCAGGAGCUGGACCAUGGACGUUGCAGUUAUGUUGUAUAAGCAUUAACCAUUACUGGACUGUAUGGACUGUAAAUCUUGUCUCUGUUCAUAAACAACCAUAUACAUCCAUCUUUUAUUAAGUUCGUAUCAUCGUGUGUCUCCAUCCUCUGAUGAAGAAUUUUAGAUUUAGUUUAAAGUUCUGGAAAAAGGUAGUAAGACACACCUUGAGUGAAGAUUUUAUUUUUAAUGCCGGGGAUGAACUUUGACACAGAGGAUAGUGAAUGAUAUUGAACUAAAGGUAAUAAGUAGACAAGGUCAAAAAGAGUCUGUCAUCUUAUAUCUUCUGUACUGUUGCAACCAGCUAACAUUAAACAGUAUCAAAGGACUUUAAA